CGUUUAUAAUUAUUUUAUCAUUUGUUUAUAUUAUUUUACAACAUGCUGCUUUCAUAGAUUACAGUGUUAUUAUAGAAUUAUACAAAUAAGGCUGUUAUGAUUUAAUAUCGUGUUGUUAUUUGAGAACAAAUGCUUAUUUUAUAUAUAAUUUAUACACGAAGAGUUCAAGGGUACAUCAUCAGCAAAUAAAUUCAAUAAACUAGGAUCAUAAAUUGAUAUUAGAGUUGUAAAUAUAUAGAUAAACGCGUUUAAUUUCAUAUAUGCAGCAUACAUCACUUAAUACUGUCAUUUAAUAUACUUUGCUGAUUGAUAAGGUCAUUCAAGAACACGGUUUUAAUAUAACUGUCCUGUACCUAUUUAUGAAUAGUAAACUAUUCAUUGUGAACAUCUUAGACCUUAAAUGUAUAAUUUUUCUUACAACAGUCAAACUAUUAGAUUAACAUUUUAAAACAUGUAUUGUAAAAAGCGCUCACUUAGGCUAUACUUCCUUUUAAAUAGGUAGGUUUAUCACAUCAGUGUUGACGACGUAUCAAUACUUUUUGACCACAGGAGCAGGGUCACCCAACGGGUAGGGCGACCGGGGCCGUUUAAUUGUAAUUAUUAUUAUUAAUCCCUCUCAUCCAUUUUCGUACUACACUGGGAUCCAGUACUGGCAUGGCUGGGAAAAUACGUCGACAUGUCAUUUUAAUCUCGCUGGCGUUUUGUGCCCUUUUCAUUUGUGGGAUGCCCUCCCUCACGACUUGUGGCGUCUCAUCAGGUGCGAUGCCCUGCCUGACGUCUUGAAACGUGAUUUUUAGGUUCCAGUUCCACUUCUAUGGUCUAUUUCUCAACCCAUUAUUAUUUCUCAAUAACAGGCACUACUAAAAAUAAAAUCACGUAUAUCAUUAUUUGAGGAAAAUUAUUUAAAUCAUAGUUAGGGAUGUCAAUUUAUCAAUUGACUUUUGCAUCUACAACCUUCAAGAGGAAAAUGAUCUAAAUCAUAGUUAGGGAUGUCAAUUUAUCAAUUGUUUGUAUUAUUUUACAACAAUUUACUGACGUCUAGUGGCGUCUCAUCAGGUAUGAUGCCCUACCUGACGUAUUCUGGUGGGAAAACACGUCAGAACGUGAUUUUUAAGUCCCUGGAGUUGUGUGGCGUCUCAUCAGAUGCGAUGCCCUCCCUGACGUCUUGUGGCGUAUCCAGUUGUGGGAAGCCCUCCCCGACGUCUUGUGGCGCCUCCAGUUUUGGGAUGCCCUCCCCGACGUCUUGUGGCGCCUCCAGUUUUGGGAUGCCCUCCCUGACGUCUUGUGGCGUCUCCAGUUGUGGGAUGCCCUCCCCGACGUCUUGUGGCGUCUCCAGUUGUAGGAUGACCUCCCCGACGUCUUGUGGCGCCUCCAGUUUUGGUAUGCCCUCCCCGACGUCUUGUGGCGUCUCCAGUUGUGGGAUGACCUCCCCGACGUCUUGUAGCGCCUCCAGUUUUGGGAUGCCCUCCCUGAUGUCUUGUGGCGUCUCAACAGGUGGUGGGAUGGUGCCGAUUCUGUUGUCAGGGAAGACAAUGUUAAUAAAAUCCUGAAAAUCUUCCACGAGAUUAUUGUUGGCGACCUCU